CUUUAACGUGAAAAGUCCGUUUCGUGUGAGCUCCUCUUGUGACGUGGGCCCGUGUAAAAGUAGGCUGAAAAAGUGAAAUUUUGUGCUGGAAAAUUCGCCCGGAAACCCAUAGAAAAUCCGUGCUAAACCGUGCUCAAAGCGGUUUAAAUAUCUGUUGGAUAAAUAAAGACGUGAAGAAACCACACGCACACGAACGACUAAGAAAAGACGAAGCUGUUACUGAUAAAAAUUACUGAUAACGAAAAGGCUAUAAAUUGAAAUCUAUUCGAGUCCCUCAAGGGAGAAAGAAAAACUACGAUGGAACAAUUUACCCCCAAGGAGGUAAAGAUACUGGAAUCGGCCGAGGAUAUCCAGGAGCGUCGUGAACAGGUGCUGAAUCGGUACAAUGAGUUCAAGGUGGAAACGCGCCACAAGCGCGAGAAGCUGGAGGACUCCCGUCGUUUCCAGUACUUCAAGCGCGAUUCCGAUGAGCUGGAGAGCUGGAUCCACGAGAAGUUGCAGGCCGCUUCCGAGGAGAGCUAUCGCGAUCCUACCAAUCUGCAGGCCAAAAUUCAGAAACAUCAAGCUUUCGAGGCCGAAGUUUCGGCCCAUAGCAAUGCGAUCGUGGUGUUGGACAACACUGGCCAGGAGAUGAUCAACCAACAGCACUUUGCCUCGGAUACCAUCCAGCGUCGUCUCGAUGAGCUGCAUCGUCUGUGGGAGCUGUUGCUUUCGAGAUUAGCCGAAAAGGGCAUGAAGUUGCAGCAAGCCCUUGUCUUGGUACAAUUCUUGCGCCACUGCGAGGAAGUAAUGUUCUGGAUCAAGGACAAGGAAGCUUUCGUGACUGCUGAUGAAUUUGGUCAAGAUUUGGAACAUGUCGAGGUCCUACAACGUAAGUUCGAUGAGUUCCAAAAGGAUAUGGCAUCGCAAGAAUAUCGCGUUACUGAGGUGAAUGAGCUGGCCGAUAAGUUGCUUUCCAACGGUCAUCCGGAACGGGAAACGAUUACCCGUAAGAAGGAAGAGUUGAACGAAGCUUGGCAGCGACUGAAGCAGUUGGCCAUUUUACGCGAAGAGAAAUUGUUUGGAGCGCAUGAGAUUCAACGCUUCAAUCGUGAUGCUGACGAGACCGUCGCUUGGAUUGCGGAGAAGGACGUUGUUUUGUCUUCGGAUGAUUAUGGACGAGAUUUAGCCAGCGUUCAGGCUCUGCAGCGUAAACACGAAGGUGUCGAGAGAGAUUUGGCUGCAUUGGAGGAUAAGGUUGCAACGCUCGGAGCGGAAGCUGGACGUUUGUGCAGUAUCCAUGCCGAUCAUAGCGAUCAGAUUCGCGAGAAGCAGGCAGAAAUUGCAGCAUACUGGCAAUCGCUGACUGCCAAAGCUAAAGAACGCAAGCAAAAGUUGGAUGAAUCUUACUUCUUGCACCGAUUCUUGGCUGAUUUCCGCGAUCUUGUUUCAUGGAUCAAUGGAAUGAAGGCCAUUAUUUCGGCUGAUGAAUUGGCAAAGGAUGUUGCUGGUGCCGAAGCUUUACUCGAACGUCAUCAGGAACACAAGGGAGAAAUUGAUGCUCGCGGAGAUAGCUUCAAAGUUACUACUGAAGCUGGUCGUCAAUUAUUGGAACGUGAACAUUAUGCUGCUGCGGAAGUUCAGGAGAAACUUGCUGCCCUGGAAAGUGACAAGAGUUCGCUGUUGUCCUUGUGGGAGGAUCGUCGUAUUCUGUACGAGCAGUGCAUGGACCUUCAGCUGUUUUAUCGUGAUACCGAGCAAGCCGAUACUUGGAUGGCAAAACAAGAAGCUUUCUUAGCCAAUGAUGAUCUGGGAGAUUCGUUGGAUUCCGUCGAAGCUUUGAUCAAGAAGCACGAAGAUUUCGAAAAGAGUCUUGCAGCUCAGGAAGAGAAGAUCAAAGCUUUGGAUGUGUUCGCUACUAAGCUAAUUGAUGGUCAACACUACGCCGCUGAUGAUGUUGCCCAACGUCGUUCGAUGCUGCUGGCUCGUCGCUCUGCUUUGUUGGAGAAAUCUUCCGUUCGUCGACAAUUGCUGGAAGAUUCUAAUGCACUGCAACAAUUCGAACGCGAUUGCGACGAAACCAAAGGUUGGAUCAGUGAGAAACUGAAAUUUGCCACUGAUGACAGUUAUCUUGAUCCAACAAAUUUGAAUGGCAAAGUUCAAAAGCACACCAACUUUGAACACGAACUGACGGCCAACAAAAGUCGUAUCGAAGACAUCACCACCAACGGUCAGAACCUGAUCGAAAAGGGACAUUACGCUGCGGAUCAAAUCAACUCUCGUAUGCAGGAAAUUGUUACGCUCUGGGAAUCGCUUGUUCAAGCUUCGGAUAAAAAGGGUUGCAAGUUGCAGGAAGCUUCUCAACAGCAACAAUUCAAUCGUACCGUCGAAGAUAUCGAACUGUGGUUGAGCGAAGUUGAAGGUCAGCUGAUGUCUGAAGACUAUGGCAAGGAUUUGACGAGUGUGCAAAACUUGCAGAAGAAACAUGCUCUGUUGGAAGCGGACGUAAUGGCUCAUCAGGACCGUAUCGAGGGCAUCAAGGUUGCCGCUAACAAGUUUGUCGAAAGUGGUCACUUCGAUGCUGACAACAUUCGCAACAAGGAAUCCGCUUUGUCCAAGCGUUAUGGCGCUUUGGCUACUCCAAUGACAGAACGCAAGCAACGUCUUUUGGACUCGUUGCAAGUACAGCAGUUGUUCCGUGAUUUGGAGGACGAAGCUGCAUGGAUCCGAGAGAAGGAACCUGUUGCUGCAUCGACCAAUCGCGGUCGCGACUUGAUUGGUGUUCAAAAUCUGAUCAAAAAACAUCAAGCCGUUUUAGCCGAAAUCAACAAUCACGAGAAUCGUGUAUCGGGUGUUAUUGCCAAUGGAGAACAAAUGCUUACGGAGCAACCGUUUGCCACCGAAGAAAUCAGGCUGCGUUUGGACAAUGUCAUUGAACAGUGGAGUUCACUAAAGGAAAAGGCUAACCAACGCAAACAGGAUUUGGAAGACUCUUUGCAAGCUCACCAAUACUUCGCUGAUGCCAAUGAAGCUGAAUCCUGGAUGCGCGAGAAGGAACCGAUCGUGUCCAAUCAAGACUACGGCAAGGAUGAAGAUUCAUCGGAAGCCUUGUUGAAAAAACAUGAAGCACUCGUGUCGGAUUUGGAAGCUUUUGGCAACACAAUUCAAGCACUGCAGGAACAAGCUAAAAACUGUCGCCAACAGGAAACUCCGGUCGUUGAUAUCACUGGAAAGGAAUGCGUAAUGGCUUUGUAUGAUUAUACCGAGAAGUCCCCUCGUGAAGUGUCCAUGAAGAAGGGCGACGUUCUAACGCUCUUAAAUUCCAACAACAAAGAUUGGUGGAAGGUUGAAGUGAAUGAUCGUCAAGGCUUUGUUCCAGCUGCCUACAUUAAGAAGAUUGAUCCGGGUCUAAGUGCCAGUCAGCAAAAUCUGGUCGAUGGUCAUUCGAUUUCCAAACGUCAAUCGCAAAUCAACAGUCAGUAUGAUAAUCUGUUGGCUUUGGCUCGGGAACGCCAAAAUAAGCUGAAUGAGACUGUCAAAGCGUACGUGCUGGUUCGAGAGGCUGCUGAUUUGUCCACCUGGAUUAAGGAUAAAGAGAGCCACGCUCAAAUCAAGGAUGUCGGUGAGGAUCUAGAAGAAGUCGAAGUCAUGCAGAAGAAAUUCGAUGACUUCAAUGAUGAUCUGAAGGCUAACGAAGUGCGUUUGGCUAAAUUGAACGAAAUUGCUGUUCAGUUAACAUCCCUUGGACAAACGGAAGCAGCUUUGAAGAUCAAAACUCAAAUCCAAACUUUGAACGAGGAAUGGGCCACUCUUCAAACUAUCACCCAGGAACGGGCAAGCCAAUUGGGUUCUGCCCAUGAAGUUCAACGAUUCCAUCGCGAUGUUGAUGAAACGAAGGAUUGGAUCGCCGAAAAAGAUAAUGCUUUGACCAACGAUGAUUUGGGCAAGGAUCUGCGAGGCGUUCAAACAUUGCAACGUAAACACGAAGGCUUGGAACGGGAUUUGGCUGCUUUGCGGGAUAAAAUCCGUCAGCUGGAUGAAGCUGCUAAUCGUUUGAUGCAAUCUCAUGCCGACACAGCUGAUCAAACUUAUGCCAAGCAGAAGGAGAUCAACGAAGAAUGGCAACAGGUGGUAGCCAAGGCUCAACAGCGAAAGGAGAAACUACUUGACUCGUACGAUUUGCAACGCUUCCUCAGCGACUACCGCGAUCUGAUGGCUUGGAUCAGUUCCAUGAUGGGUUUGGUUACUUCCGAGGAAUUGGCCAAUGAUGUCACCGGUGCUGAAGCUUUGAUUGAAAGACAUCAGAACCAUCGUGCUGAAAUUGAUUUUCGUUACGGUAUCCCGCAGGAACACCGCACGGAAAUCGAUGCCCGUGCCGGAACUUUCGCUGCUUUCGAGCAGUUCGGAACCGAAUUGCUGCAAGCCAAUCAUUAUGCCGCUCCUGAGAUUCAGGAGAAGAUCGAGAACCUUGCCAAGGCCCGGGAAGAGUUGGAACGUGCUUGGACCGAUCGACGCCUGCAGUUGGAUCAGAAUUUGGACCUUCAGCUAUAUCUGCGUGAUUGUGAGCAAGCCGAGAACUGGAUGAGCGCUCGUGAGUCUUUCUUGAAUGCCGAGGAAGUUGACUCCAAGGGUGACAAUGUCGAGGCGCUGAUUAAGAAACAUGAAGAUUUCGACAAGGCUAUCAACGGGCAUGAGGAGAAAAUCGCUGCAUUGCAGGUGCUGGCUGAUCAGCUGAUUGCCCAAGAGCACUAUGCCGGAAAACUAAUCGAUGACAAGCGUUCGGAGGUGUUGGAUCGCUGGCGUCAUCUGAAGGAGGACUUGAUCGAGAAGCGAUCGCGUUUGGGUGACGAACAGACCCUGCAACAGUUCUCACGUGAUGCUGAUGAAAUUGAGAACUGGAUUGCCGAAAAGCUUCAACUGGCUACGGAAGAAAGCUACAAAGAUCCAGCAAACAUUCAAUCGAAGCACCAGAAACAUCAAGCUUUCGAAGCUGAAUUGGCAGCCAAUGCUGAUCGUAUUCAAAGUGUGUUGGCUAUGGGUAGCAAUCUGAUUGACAAGAAUCAGUGUAGUGGAUCAGAGGACGCCGUUCAGAAGCGUCUGACACAAAUUGCUGAUCAAUGGGAAUACCUGACUCAGAAGACAACUGAAAAAUCUUUGAAGUUGAAGGAAGCAAACAAGCAGCGUACUUACAUUGCUGCUGUUAAGGACUUGGACUUCUGGUUGGGUGAAGUAGAGAGUUUGUUAACUUCGGAAGAUGCCGGCAAGGAUUUGGCCUCGGUUCAAAACUUGAUGAAAAAACAUCAGCUGGUUGAGGCUGAUAUUAAUGCCCAUGAAGAUCGCAUCAAGGAUAUGAAUGCUCAGGCUGACUCUUUGGUCGAAAGUGGACAAUUCGAUAGUGCCGGAAUUCAGGAGAAGCGUCAAUCGAUCAACGAGCGUUAUGAACGUAUUUGUAACUUGGCUGCUCAUCGUCAAGCUCGUUUGAAUGAAGCUAAUACUUUGCAUCAAUUCUUCCGUGACAUUGCCGACGAAGAAUCCUGGAUCAAAGAAAAGAAAUUGUUGGUCGGAUCGGACGACUAUGGUCGCGAUCUGACCGGUGUGCAGAAUCUGAAGAAGAAACACAAGCGUUUGGAAGCGGAACUUGCUUCUCACGAACCGGCCAUUCAAGCUGUUCAAGAAGCUGGUGAGAAGUUGAUGGAUGUUUCUAACCUGGGAGUACCAGAGAUUGAGCAACGCUUGAAAGCUUUGAACCAAGCUUGGGCGGAACUAAAGGGCUUAGCUGCCACUCGAGGUCAGAAAUUGGACGAGUCGCUCAUAUAUCAACAAUUUUUGGCCAAGGUGGAAGAAGAGGAAGCCUGGAUCACCGAAAAGCAACAGCUUCUGUCCGUUGAAGACUACGGAGACUCGAUGGCCGCCGUCCAAGGUUUGCUGAAAAAACACGAUGCUUUCGAGACCGACUUUGCUGCUCACCGUGAGCGAUGUGCCGAUAUUCGUGACAACGGACAAACUCUUGUUACGAACAAUAAUCAUCACGCCGAGAGCAUUUCACAACGUUGUGCUCAGUUGGAGAAGAAAUUGGAGAACCUGCAGUCUUUGGCCACUCGUCGUAAGAACGCUCUGCUGGACAACUUUGCCUAUCUCCAGUUUAUGUGGAAAGCUGAUGUUGUGGAGAGCUGGAUUGCUGAUAAGGAGAAUCACGUUAAGUCGGAAGAAUUUGGACGUGACUUGUCUACAGUUCAAACUUUGUUGACCAAGCAGGAGACAUUCGAUGCUGGUCUCUCAGCGUUUGAGCAAGAAGGUAUUCACAACAUCACUGCACUGAAGGAUCAGUUGAUUAACGCCAAUCAUGCCCAGUCCGCUGCUAUCCUGAAGCGCCACGAAGAUGUGCUGACCCGUUGGCAGAAGUUGCGUGCUGAUUCCGAGGCACGCAAAUACCGUCUGCUGGCUAUGCAGGAGCAGUUCCGUCAGAUCGAGGACCUUUAUCUUACGUUUGCUAAGAAGGCAUCCGCUUUCAACUCAUGGUUCGAAAAUGCCGAGGAAGAUUUAACUGAUCCUGUGCGAUGCAAUUCGAUCGAAGAAAUCACCGCUCUUCGUGCGGCCCAUGCCCAGUUCCAGAAUUCUCUGUCAUCGGCCCAGUAUGACUUCCAGGCCCUGGCUGAUUUGGAUCGCAAGAUCAAGAGCUUCAAUGUGGGACCCAAUCCGUACACCUGGUUCACUAUGGAGGCACUCGAAGAUACUUGGCGCAACUUGCAGAAGAUCAUUGAAGAACGUGAUGCUGAACUGGCAAAGGAAGUUCAUCGUCAGGAAGAGAACGACAAACUGCGCAAGGAAUUUGCCAAACACGCCAAUUUGUUCCAUCAAUGGUUGACCGAAACAAGAUACAACAUUCUGGGCUGGGAUAGAUAUGGAACAUCCCUUAUGGAAGGUUCCGGUUCCUUGGAAGAGCAGUUUGAAGCUCUAUGUCACAAAGCUAACGAAAUCCGUGCUCGUCGUGGCGAUCUAAAGAAGAUCGAAGAGCUCGGUGCUACUCUGGAGGAACAUCUCAUUCUGGAUAAUCGUUACACAGAGCAUUCUACCGUCGGUCUGGCCCAGCAGUGGGAUCAGCUGGAUCAACUUGCCAUGCGUAUGCAGCACAACUUGAAACAACAGAUCCAGGCUCGCAACCAAUCGGGCGUCUCCGAAGAUUCCCUCAAGGAAUUCUCGAUGAUGUUCAAGCACUUCGACAAGGACAAGAGCGGCAAGCUGAACCACCAGGAGUUCAAAUCAUGUCUCCGUGCUUUGGGUUACGAUUUACCAAUGGUCGAAGAAGGUCAACCCGAUCCGGAGUUCGAGGAGAUUCUGAACGUUGUCGAUCCGAACCGGGACGGCCAAGUUUCUCUUCAGGAAUAUAUUGCCUUCAUGAUUUCCAAGGAAACGGAGAACGUUCAAAGCUACGAGGAAAUCGAAAAUGCUUUCCGCGCCAUCACUGCAUCCGAUCGCCCCUACGUCACCAAGGAUGAACUUUACUCUAACCUCACCAAGGACAUGGCGGAUUAUUGCGUCCAAAGGAUGAAACCUUUCAACGACACGAAGACCGGUCAUCCCAUCACGGGGGCUCUGGACUACGUCGAGUUUACGCGAACCCUGUUCCAAAACUAAGCGACAUUUUCCUGCAUAUUUAUACCGAUGUGUGUUUUACUAUUCAUCUAAAUAUUUAACCAGAAAAAUAAACAAAGUGAACAUAUGUUCGUAUAGGAUUGCUUGAGCAUCAAACAUGAAACUGUUGGCUUCAUUUAAAAACGAUAGAAAACAAGUAUUUUCACAUUUACAGCCUUUGAUGUCGAGCACAGAAACACGUGAAAUUCAUAAUUUCAAAGCUGUUCCUGGACGACUUAGAAUUUUAUGCUUUUAAUGUGAUUUUCAAAAAUUCUUUCAGUUUUGUUUUUGCGAGAAACUGACAUAGAGUGUUUGAAAACGAUUGGAAACGUUCAAACGAAUCGAUCGAGAAACCAUUUAAAUAUAAAAUUCAAUUUUUGCUAAUCAAAAAUUUAUAUUUACAAAAGCACAUAUUUUGAGAGACUAUCAAUUAUUCCAGCUUCCAGCUCGAAAUCACAAGAAUGCUUUAAGAAGCACCUUUACGGAACUGUUCGCAACUGAAUGUUAGUACUAGAAGAGAAGAUAUAUAACCAUUACCUAUUGAAAUACGCAUUUGCUAUAUUUAUUCAGAAAAAUAAAUCCUUAUUGCUUACCUUUGAAA